AUGCGUAAGGGUGCAGAAGAAGGCCUCGAGGCAAUGUGGAGGAUAAUCCGUCCUGGCCAAAUGCGGAAGCUCACGCAGGCCGGCUGUGUCCUGACUGGCCAUCCAGAGGCGAAGACGAAGAAGAAUCAAGAGUGGACUCGGUGGGCUCUCUCUAGCUGUCGAUCUGGCCUUGGGUCAUCAAUCAGUGAUCAGUCGGCUGUAGACCCACCGCCGCCAGCCGUGAGGGGAUGA